AUGGAAGCCGAUAAGCCAACAGCGAUGCUGUGCACAUUGCUGGCAAUAGACCACACCGACUUCUCUUACAGAGUGUGCUCCGUCUGCGAGAGGACUCUCCCUGACAAUCCAACUUCUCUUUGCAAAUUCUGCAGCGUCAAUGCCUUCAACCCCCGUUUUCCUCGCUCAAAACGCCUCUUCCGCCUUCUUAUGUCAAUAGCCUCAGAUACAAAGGUGUUUACUGUGAUAUGCUUUGAUAGGGCUGCCAAGGUUCUGUUUGGUUGUUCUGCUGAUGAGUUUUUUGACUUUGCCAAGUUUCACCCGUUUGCUGCUGUUAAUGUGAGUAGAAUUCUGGAGGGAGAGAUGUUUAAAAUGACACUAUCCAAACCAAAGAAUGGGAAUGCACAACAUCUGCGAGCGGUUCAAGUUAUUCCAUUGAGGUCUGGUUUUCAGCCAGCAAUUGUGACGUUGAGGGAAUUGUAUGGAGUAAGAAGCUCUUGA